AUGCUUCUUUCCCAUUGGUCGGAACUGGGGCCUGUGGCCACACUCAGCUCCAAGGGGGGCUGGGAAAUGGAUGCUGGGAGACAGCUAGGAGUCCUUGCCACGGAAACAGCAGGGGGGUGGCUCCUCCAUUUGGUGACACAUCACACUGUGGACGAGCCAGGGAGCUCCCCAGCACUGGUGAUGGGGGCAGGGACCAGAGGCUGGCCCUCCGCAGUCUGGGAUUCUCCAGGUGAGAGUCCUGUGGGCAAGGCCCGUUGGUCAGGGGAGCCCUGGCAUUGGCAGCAUGCCCAGUCAGACAUCCUCCCAUCCUUUGUGCCAAAAAAGCCAGGGCCCAGUGGGCACUCUCUAUCUGGCCAUCUACCUAUCAGUCACCCCAGUCCUGCAGAGAGCAGCUCUCAGGCCAUACGGUCCAGUUUCUGA